AAAUUCACCAGCGUGUAGCCCAGAAUUGAUACAAUUAUCAUGUAACUAGACUGAGUUUGCUUCUUCAGAAGCAAAUAUGGAAUAAUAAACAGAUAAACCAGUAAUGGCAACCAUGAUUUGUUUGUCUACUAAAAUUAGGGUGACACCUGGCUCUUGUUUGCAAAACACACGUACCAAAUUAUUUAUUUUGGCUUGUUAACUAGAUCCUGUUUGUCAACCUACUACGUGACAAGAAAGACUAAUACAAGUGGUAAUGAACUGUGUUUCUCAGCCUGGAGAUGAGUGUUUGUUAUGUUUGAAAAUUCUUUUAUUGUGAUCCAAGAGAAUAUAAACUCUGUGUUGCGAAUGCCAAGUGAAGCCGUUCUUCGCAAACUUCUCGAUUUUUAUUUUUCUCCGAUAAGAUACAAUAUGCUUCUCUCGUGUCGAUCUAAUCCUAGGUGAAAUUACUCCUCUUCUGUAUUCAAUUUGUAUUUUUCAAUCAGAAAGUCCCCCCAUUUCAACUGUAAAUAUUGACCAAAUCAUAUAACACAACCUUCUUUACACACUCUCUUAUAUAAUCUCCUGUGUGAUCUUCCAAUUUUUUUUUCUUUUAAAGUUUCUCAUACAACGCUGGAAUACUGUGAACGAGUGUUAAAGCUGAUGUUAGCAGACACCCACGAAGCUCGAUACAUUAAACCCGCCGGAGCAGGGUCAUGGAGUUGACAGUGUUCGGUUUUGGCAUCAUUUAGAGACACCUUCUGUCGAAAUUGAAGAACGCAUGAUCAACAGAUGUGUGCUCUACCAACUUUCUAAAGUGGGUCAGGAGGGGAGAACGAAAGGUUGGCUAUGGGUGGGUAAGCUCUAGACCCUGGACCCUGAACUGAGGACUACGAAUCUAGAGAUCAAGAUGCUGGAGAUAUCUAACUCAAGUUUUUUUCCUGUAGAACUGCGUUGUGCUCAAGAGAAAUGAUGAGACAGUCGCAUUAUUCUCUCUAGGUUACGCUGCGUUGUACUUUGUUGUACUGCCUUUUGUCUGUUGUGUUGCAUUGCAUUGUGACAUGUUCUGUGCCAAUUUGCACCAUGACACGUUUUUUGAGCUCACGUAUUUACAUUACGACUAGGCAGAACCCCUCGCGCUUUGAAUGUUUAAAUUCUGCCAUCAUUUAAACUUCGAUUUGUCAGAACACUCUCCCAUUUACUUCUUUCUUUGUGUCGGAAAAUCGUUUAAUUUGGAAAGUAGUUAUCAAUCACGAUCACAGACCUUAAAUAAUGAACAAAGUAUUUGGGUUUCUUUUUUGACGGCAGACAAGGUAUACAUACUGUAAUUAAAAAUAUUCAAAUUUUGUACUCAUUGCAUGGUAAUGCUCACUAGAAAAGUAGCGAGGAUAAAGCCAUUCACAACGUGAAUUAUUCAAAUAUUUUAUAACCUCGAACGAAAUGUUUGAGAUUAAUUUCACUUUUUAGAUUAUUUAUACCUCCUAUAAGUUUAACUUAAUCUUUGACCCAUUACACUAAGAUUUUCUUGCUUUCAAUCUCGUUUCAGAUAAGUGAGAGAUGGAUUUGUUUUGAAUAUAAUCCAAGCGCUUCUUUGGUCGUUUACCUCCUUAAUCUAAAUAAUUAUAUUCAAAACAAUUACUUCACUUUCGCUCAACAGUAGGGAUUCGAAUUACACGUGAAACAUCUCGAAACAUCUGCAAUACCUGAUGGGAGUUGGUUCCACUUCGAAAGAAAGUGAGAGUGUUCAUCGACUUUCAGUUGAAAUUUGCAUCUACUACAUUUCAAUAAUCAAUCCACAACAAGGAAAAUUGAAAUGGAAACUUACUAUGCAGAUUUCUUAAAGAAAGAAGAUCACACCGGAAAGUGGCGAGUCUACUGGACGACUCUGAACGCGACCGGGCUGUAUUUUCAAUUGGGAAAAAUGGGGGCAGAACAUGAGAAUUUCCAACAGUUUGUCGAGAUUUCCCCUGGAUCAACGUGUGCUCUGGCAAAACGAAGAAUGUACAGCUUUCGAUUUAAGUUGGAGACCGAUGGAGUAACUUACACCUUCAAAUGUGAUUCGGUAUUCCAGAGAUAUCGCUGGAUGUACAUGAUAGAUUUGGUUGUGAACGGUCGACCACCAGAAGCACCACCAAACACUAUUCCUCGUCCAAAUGUCACUGACUCAAAGCAUAACAACACUAACUCCUUCGACGAGAAAGAUUCCUGCGAUCAAAAUAACGCGAAGCCGAAUAAUUUAAUCUUGAAAUCUUCCAGUUUCACUCAGACAUUUCAAACAUUCAAGCGAUUAGCGAGCUGGCGCAAGAAGAGGAAUAACAGUCUUCCGUCAGCAAGAUGUCUACGCAAGAUAGGAACGAUCUCAACAGGAAAAUAUGAAAAAUUAUCCAAUAUCCAUAGUAGCUUCGAUUUUGCUGAUACUAAGGAUUUAUUUGAUAAACAAUACACGGUAUGAUAUACGUGCGUCAGGCCAUGCGAGACGAGACGAAACGAGUCACGCGAUCAAUCUGAUUUGAAAUUGCGUGACGUUAAAUGUGGACGAGGUCCUGUGGGGAAAUGUUCACAAGUGGUUUUCGCCUCGAACAGGCUAAUAUCAUCGUGAAAGAUAAGGCAUUUUAGCACAGGCACAGUCAGACCGGCGUCAGACAGACGUGAGUCAAAGCUGAGACCAUUCAAGUAGGUACAACAAUUAAUGACAAAAAUGAUCUUGGAAGUUCUCAUUCGAUUUUUAGACACCCCCUUCUUCCCAUAAAAUGUUUGAGUCCAACCGCGAAGGUCGAGGGGGAAAAUUCAACGAUAAAGCGAGAGUGUAAAGGGAGUGUGGCGAACACUGGUACAACUACGUAGGAGUUUUAACCCUUUAACUCCCAUGAGUGACCAAGAUAUUCUCCUGACAAUAUCAAUACAAUAUGAAGCAGAUAAGUGAUGAGAAAAAAGAAAAUACCAAAUUCUCGAAACUAACAUCGCAAGAACCAUACAGCAGACAGUAAGGAGAAUUACUAGUGAGAUCUUGGGAGUUAAAGGGUUAACGCAGCAGAGGGAAAAAAACCAUAUACUCUCGGGCGCUUUAUACACUAGACCCAUCGGACCUAAACAAGGAAGAAUUUCAAGCAUACCCAAGUAAUCGCUUCUCUCUGUUUAUAAGUAAAGAAGUUUCUUAAGCGAAAAAGCAACUGCUAUCAGCUCUAUGUUAAGUUUACCAAUUCGGUAGUUUAUACUUGUUUUGACCUGAUGGGAGUAAACGCAACGGAAAUCUUGUAUUUUUUUCUCUAUCGUGAUUUUAUUCCCUCACUUUCCUUCACAUAUUUGAUUCCACUUCUCCAUUGAAAAAGGUACAUUUUCCUUCCUGCACAAUCAAUUCUCCAUAAAAUUUACGCUAUUGCACGUGUAUCGAGACAUCAGUUAGAUGGCUUUAUUUGCAUGCGAUCAACGCAGUUUAGUGAGGAAGUCAGUCCUCCCUUGACAUUAAUCAUUCUCUGACGCCCGUUUCAAACGCCGAACCUCUCGUGUGUCGCACUAACCCUGACUAAAUCCAAAAGUGGCCAUAAGGUUUUAACCCUUUCACUCCCAAGAUCUAUUUAGUAAUUCUCCUUACUAUCUGCUAUACAAUUCUUAUGAUGUUAGUUUAGAGAAUUUGGUAUUGGAUUAACUAAUCCCAUAAUUGAUAUUUUUCUCUAUUCUCAUCACCUACGUGCUUGAUAUUGUAUUGAUAUCGUAAGGAGAAAUUCUGUCUAAGUCACUUGUGAGAGUGAAAGGGUUAAAAGCCGUACCUAAUGUUGUCGACCUCAUUCAUAUCUAUAGUAACAAAUUGAUUCUACCCUGAACUCGCGGCUUCGCCCCUUUUUUUAAGUAAGGACCCAAAUAAUUGCCACAAGCCACCAUUUCGUCUGACACACAGAAGAGAGGCACAACAUUUAAAUAGGCCUAACACCACACCUACAGUUAGAGGUUUCUCUUGAGAAGAUUCUGCGGUAAAUGCGGAAUGGUUUUACCGCGCCCAAAAGAGGAUUAGCUAAGGAAAAACUUGUAAGGCUCCCUGAGGAAAGUCGAGUAAAUGACUUUACAUGGAGAAUUGUCAAAGAAAGUGUAAAGGAUUUCAGGGAAUUCCCCACAGCUAUUUUUUCUACACAAGUACAUUUGUCACGAAGAACUUGUAAGUGUAAAUGCUGUCAAAUGAUCAGUCAUGGGUAGCACAACUAGCUCCGCUAAUGACGAUGUUCUGAUGUAAUCUAUAUAUAACACUAUAAAUAAUUCAAGGUAAAUAAUAGGUAAAUAAUAUCGGCCCUUUCACAAUUGCACAUUAUCAUUCGAUAUGUAUAUAUCUAUUUUGAAUUAACAACUCUGAUAAUAAAUAUUGAUACUCUUAGCUUGAAAGAUCUGGAAUUCAUUUGAAAUAUUGUAAUAAUUAAUAUGUACAGAGGAUAUGAAUUGAAAAACCACGUUGUUUUCUUAUGUGUAAAAAUGAUGCCUUCUGAACCAUAAGAAUUCAAUUUGUUUUUUAAAAAAAUAUUUUCAUAGACAUUAAAAACGGGUUAGCAAUGA